CAUUGCAGAUCAGAUACUCUGAAGACUCAGACUGAGACUCUGACGCCAACAUGUUGUUGUUCUUCUUCUUGUUUGUUCUCACUCUGGGUUCUGUGUCUCCAUCCGAUGUCCAUCAAGUGAAGCUACAGCGCGGCAACUGUCCCAUGUUCUGGUACAGCUUCAAUGGCCGCUGCUACAAAUACAUCGCAACACGUAUGACCUGGGCUGAUGCAGAACUCCACUGUGUGUCAGAGGGAGCCAACCUGGUGGCUAUCCACAGUGUGGAAGAACAUAACUUUGUCAAUUCCCUGAUCAAGAACUUUGACCCUGCACAAGGAUUUACCUGGAUUGGAAUCAACGACAUUCAGAAAGAAGGAGGAUGGAUGUGGUCUGAUGGGUCUGCAGUUGACUUUGUCCUUUGGACGAAUGGAGAGCCCAACAAUGCUCUAGGACGUGAACACUGUAGACACACAAACCAUGGCACACAUUUUAAAUGGAAUGACUAUCCGUGUUCUUAUCAAUUAACUUUUGUUUGUGAAUUGCGCUCAGUUUGUCCUUAGCAACUUAGAUGUUUUUUAUGAUUCAACUCACUGACUGCAUUAAAAAGAUAAAAAUGUGUAUAUAUACAGAAAUAAUUUCAUUCGCUUUCAUUUUCAAAUGUCAACCAAAUGUCUCAAAUCUUUCUUUUUUCCUCAGUGAGCAAUAAAAAAUGUAAUACAUUUAACAGAAAAGGUCAUUUUACUGUUGAGAUUAAUGAAUAGAAGAAAUUCUAUCUCAGAUAUAACUCAUGAAUAAAUGUAUUCUUUGAUGACAGUAAUGUUGUUAUGUCUUUUAAACAAGUUCAAAAUACUUUUCCACCAAAAGAUUUUUUGUCUCAUCUUUGAGCACACUCAUUUACACUCUGUUGGUACUAUGGUAUCUUUUGUUGGGGUAACAAUAGUUUGAAGGU